AUGGCUACCACAGCAUCGCUAUUUUAUGUCAUCGCACAGAUCACCGGCAUCGGUGGUACAGCAUGGCUAUCAGGAAACAUCGCCUGUUGCUCUCUCCUCGCAGUGCCGGCUCUUUCGCAAUCUCAUCAAGACGACUCCGUUCCCGUGAGAGCGCUAGUAACACAGUGGGCGCGCUUGUACGACAAAGGCGCGACUCAGAACCCGCCCAUCUCUGUUGGAAUUGCAUCGAUCUUAUCGUUUCUCGCCUGGACUGCUGACGCCACCGUUUGGUCGCUCGGCCUUGCGAGUCCCAGACAGCUGUACAUUACAUCCGUGGCCUUGACGGUGGCGAUCGUGCCGUGGACGCUCCUCAUCAUGAAGCGGACGAAUGGGGCAUUGCACGAGAAAGCCAAGAAGGCCAAACUGAGUUCAGCGGCAGCAGCCAAAGGAGUCGAGGUCUGGACGGCGGUGGAUGACGAGGAGGUGCUUGCUCUGUUGCGGUCUUGGACCACCCUCAAUGGUCUGAGGAGUAUGCUGCCGAUGCUUGGUUUCGCCACGGGCAUGCUGGCCGCACUUCUUUGA